AUGCGAACUCUGGUAAAAGGUCAGACCAAUACCACACAACACCACAAAAGAAUACUCACCCAGCAAACCCGAUGGUACUCCCGCAAAUUCCAAAACCCACGCAAAACUCCACAAACCGACCGCGGAGCGAACUUCAAGAGCUACUACCCGGCGCGCACGAACCAACCAUCUCUUUCCAGACUCCGCGUCUAUCGGACCAGCCAUGAUGGUGCCACAGCAUCACAGCACUGUGCCCAGACCACGACGACACCCUCCUCCGAUCACACUCUCAACAACCAACUUCACAUUGCAUCAUUCUCCCCACUCUUCCAGCAGGACACAUACGUCUCCCAUCAGAAUGCUGGUAGCAGCAAGAUCCUAGCCAGCACUUCCAUGGCUCGUGGCCACGCCGGACAAAGUGGCGUUAGUCCUGGAUCAUGGGAGACAUUGUGUACAUCUAUGCCUCUACCCGUCCUAAACCGGUACCGCAACUGGGCUUGGCGCGUGUGCGCAUCGCUUAGAGCUCGCUUUCGACUGCUGUAA